AAUGUCAGCGCUUUUCUGCUCCACCCUUGUUUCCAUCCUUUGGGCCCAGUCUGACAUUUUGGUAACAAAGCUGCCAGAACCUGACUGAUGAUCGGUACGUUUUACUGCGCGGGGCUGUCGUACAGUAACGGAUGGGAGGCGGCGACACCGACCGCGCCCUUCGGUGCGUCCGCUCCUUCCCCACAAACGCGUCCAGCGCCGCACCCACGGGUCCGUGUCACCCACAGGCUGCGCUGUUCUCCAACUUCAGGCGGUUCGGGGACGUUCGAGCACGAGGCUCCGCGUGGCAGCGGGACGCGGAGGCAACUCUUUGUCCGCCCCGCCUUGCUUCCGGUUUGCUCAGGCUCUCUUACGCACGACCGUCGCGACAAGGCGUAACCAUGGUUACAAAUAACAGGUACCGGAUCGCGUAGAAGGUCCCAACUUCCUGGACGGCGCGAGCGUCCGCCCACAGCUCGCGCGGAGAUCCGCCGGACACAGCAGCGAUCACCUGCAUCCAGCGGAGCGCGUCCAUGUGUUGCGCGCGCCAGUCUUCUUCUUAGACACAACACUGCCAGACUUAUAGCCGUGGCGCGUGCCUUUGCGUUCUACCAGCAGUUAUGCAGGAUAAAGGCGCCUUUAUCAGCCCGUUCUCGAGACCGUGGCGUCUCGCGGCGGCGGCGCCGGCGGGAAAAGCGAAAUUAACUCACCCGGGGAAGGCGAUCCUGGCAGGUGGAAUCGCUGGUGGCAUAGAGAUCUGCAUCACCUUCCCCACAGAGUACGUCAAGACACAGCUCCAGCUGGACGAGAGGUCCAAUCCACCCAAAUACAGGGGAAUAGGUGACUGUGUGAGACAGACGGUUCAGAGCCAUGGGGUCAAAGGACUGUACCGAGGGCUGAGCUCACUGCUGUAUGGGUCCAUACCCAAGUCUGCAGUCCGGUUUGGAGUGUUUGAGUUCCUCAGUAACCGUGCAAAGGAUGAGACCGGUCGCCUGGACAGCACCAAAGGCCUGCUCUGUGGGCUCGGUGCUGGCGUGAUGGAGGCUGUUCUAGUGGUUUGUCCCAUGGAAACUGUCAAGGUUAAAUUCAUUCAUGACCAGACGUCACUAAACCCCAAAUACAAGGGCUUCUUCCACGGAGUCCGAGAGAUCGUCAGAGAGCAAGGAUUAAAAGGGACGUACCAGGGUCUCACUGCUACGAUUCUCAAACAAGGCUCCAACCAGGCCAUUCGCUUCUUUGUGAUGACCUCUCUGAAGAACUGGUACAAAGGCGAUAACCCCAACAAACCUAUUAACCCCCUGGUGACCGGUACAUUUGGCGCCAUAGCAGGAGCAGCCAGUGUCUUUGGAAACACGCCACUAGACGUCAUCAAGACUCGAAUGCAGGGUCUAGAUGCGCAUAAAUACAAAAGCGUGUUAGACUGUGCUGUGAAGAUCCUGAGAUAUGAGGGUCUAAAGGCUUUCUACAAAGGGACCGUUCCUCGGCUCGGCCGCGUGUGUCUGGAUGUGGCAAUCGUCUUCAUCAUCUAUGAAGAGGUGGUGAAGGUCCUGAAUGCAGCCUGGAAGACGGACUGAGCCGCUCCACGCAGGGGGCGACGGCGUCCUGCCUCCUGUGCUCAUAGACAGGGACCCACCAAGCCUGGAAGGAGGAGACAACGGCAGCGCUGCCAUGCUCAGGUCCAGUAGUGGGAUUAAAGGGUUUGACAGAAACUGUGAAAAGGCUGCUUAACCACGUCAUCAACUGUGAAGCAAGGUGUGAUUAUGGUCAACAACUCAAUGUUUCCUGACUUUGUUUGUGAAAAUGUAUUUGAGUUGUCUGGCCCAGAUCUUCAAAUCCUUUAAACCUCUUCUGUAUUUUUUUUCUUUUCAGGAACAAUAUACCACAAAAAAUCUUUGUCUCCUCUAGUUGUUGAAGGGGUUAAAUCCAGUUCAUCAGAUAAUUGACAUCUAUCAUAACUAAGCUUUCAAUAGACUGUAGCUUUUAUAAUAUGCCAGUUAUUUUUAUAAAAUGUAGAUUCUAACUUAGUUUAUUAUUAACAUCAUUGUGAAGUAGGAUAUAUUUUUAUUUUUGUGCCAAAAACAUGCGCAAAAUAAUCCUGAUGAUCUUAAUAGAAAGGAAAAAAGCAGAUAUAAAAUACUAUGAUGUAUAUUGUGACAUAUUUUCUAUAUGUAUUUAUUCAGAGAUGAAUGUUGAACAUUUAGAUGAUUUCUAGACUAAACGUGGGCCACUGGUGUGAAGUGUUCUUCAUUAAUCUGGUCGUGGUGUGAAGGUGUUUUUAUGGAACUCUAACGGUACAGUAUUACUAUUGGUUCACUGUGAGUCUGAAUGACACUGAGUCCUGCAGGUGAAGCAACCUCACACAUGUCUGGAUGCAUUAUCGGUCAUCGUAUCCACCACCGUUCCUUCAGCUCAGCUCGUGUGGCUCAUUUUUUAGAUGCACCUCUUCUUCCUGAUAAACACAUUCAUGUUGGUUGAUCUGCACGGGCAACUUCCCACAGUUCAUGCGCAUCCACUAAUAUGUCAAGUUUGAGGUGGAGCUGGACUGGCCUGGGGUUCAGAAUUCUGGUGCCAUGAUGCAUUCAGGGUUCGUUUUUACACUCAUGUGCCUUUUGUUAGUGUGCGUUAGUACAUACUUAACAUUUGUUGAACUAUUUAAUAGUUUCUUUCUGUAUUUUUAUAACAAGUCAUCUUUCAUCAACUUGUUCAUCUUACUGUAAUGAUUGUAUCAAAGAAUGCUUAUAGUUUAUUGAUUCUGAAUUAAACUUCAGAUAUUUUUUGUAUAUUCUUUUUGGUCAAAAAGCUGUUUGUUCCUAACUGUCAAAUAGCCAAGUGAUGAAUUAUUACCAACCAGUGUACUCCUAACCUGUGUGUAGGCUAUAUGGUUCUUUAUGAUGUGCAAUCAACAUGUUCGCCUCCUUCUGUCUUAAAAUCCUUUUGUUGUCAUUGAAAUAAACAUGUGGAAACUUGAA